AUGGUGUCACUCAGGGAGAGGACAGCGAGGGCAUCGUACUCCAACGUUGCAGAGGGACUGGCGGAUCUUUCUUCCGAAGAUGAGACCGACAACGAGAAUGCUGGACCAUCAGCUGCCGCUUCGGCAUCUGGAUCCGGUUCUGGUGAUACCGGUGAUGAAGGGGAAAAGGAUGAUGAUACCAGUUUUUCAUCGGGUGAAUCAAGUGAAUUCAAACCCGACAGUCCAGAAAAAGGUCAAGGUAAGGGCAAAGGAAAGGAGAGGGCUCAAGACGACAACGACAACGACGAAGAUAGGAUUGACGAUGAUGACGAAAUGAUGGACGACAUAAUUGAGGAUGAAGAAGAUGAUGAAGAUGAUAUAGAUCCCGCUUUAAGAGAGAUGAGUGUUACAUCUGGUAUCGAACCACUUCCAACAUUUCGAAACUCGAGGCCUGCCGAUAAUGCAAGCCGAUCAAGACCAGCACAACAAACGAGGAAUGUGUCCACUGCCGCCUAUCCUGCGCAUGGACAAUCAGAAAUCAGUUUGUUGAGUUUACAACAUCGAGCUUUGAUUCAAGCUUCAAGUGUAGCAAUGACGAAACCACCAACCGUUCCGAGAAACUUAGAAAGGGAGAAUGAGAAACACCUUGCUAGAGAAAAAGAUCAAUCUAGAACACAUGGAGUCGGGAUGUUUCCUGCUGGUACGCCCGUGCCAUUCACAACUUCGUUAAUCAGUAACCCACACAACGGCUGGGCCGGUAAUCAUAUUGAGUGGAAAGACGAAAGUGGAGAUAGCUCAGAAAGGAAUACCAAAAGGAGGGACGAAGCUUGGGCAAACAAUAAACAUAUGACUUUUGCUGUCCCAUGGGAAGAAUGGAAAGGGGAAAGCUGGUAUCCCGAGACAUACUUAGGAGUAGAAGAGGAGAAUAUGGGUAAAAGAGAAAACUGGUUAAUGAGAGAUGAGGUUAGGUUAGGUCUGGAUGAUAUCGGAAGAUGGACUAAAGAAGAGUUACACUUUCUCAAUGAGCUGGAGGCAGAAGAAGCUUACCUGCCCACACCGCUGUACAAGGAGAGCGAACCUUUUAUAACGUGUCAUAUGGGUCCUCGCGAUCAACAGUCAGCUCAUACAUUCUCGAUAUUUGACUCCAAACCACUGUCCGAGACGAACGGUAUCCUGCCACGAAAAGGACAUACAUUCUUUGCUGGAGGUCCAAUAUGGGGGAUGGACUGGUGUCCCUAUCCUGAUUCAAAAUCAGCAGAUUUCGGAUAUGAACAAUAUCUGGCAAUUUCAACUCUCCCACAUCUCGAAACACGACCUCAUAUGUCUGAGAAAUGGCCAAGAUCUUCAAAAGGUGCGAUACAAGUGUGGGCCAUAUCGCCGCCGCCUUCGGGCGAAGUGCCAGUGGACGAGCCAAUGGAUGGUGAUGCGAGGACUGGUAACAUGACCUGUCUAAUGGUCCUGUGCCUAAGCGGUGGUCCAGCUAUGGAGAUAAAAUGGAUGCCGUUGGGAGUUUGGGAUAACUACGAUUCCGGGUUAAUUAGCCAUCCAGGAUCGAAGAUACCUAAGCUGGGAGUAUUAGCUGCAAUACAGCUGGAUGGGUCGGUAUCAUUCUAUGCGGUCCCACAUCCUCGCUUUCUGAAUCACAAUGAGACGCACCCCUUGUAUAUCAAAAUGGACGUGCCACUUCUACGGUUGGAGAUACCAGAUGCUAUGGCCAUGUGUUUCGAUUGGAUUACAGGGUCAAGAAUUGCUGUGGGAUUCUCAAACGGCCACUUGGCUGUAUGGGACGUAUAUGAUGCACUUCGAAAUGGCACGACCGGCGAUGUGUUACCGUCGUUGUACACGCCGGUAUCAAGAUCUGCUGUUCGAUCAAUUUCAGUUGGUCGAGUACCACCAACUGAUAAGCAAUUAGGUGGAGAACCGGCUUAUCUUCUUAUGGGAUCGUACGAUGGUACAACUUCGAUCUUAGACUUACGAGACCCGCUGUAUCCCGUGGUGAUCAACAGAGCGCGUGUACCUUGUAUGGCCGUUAAAUGGCUUACACAAAUGGCAUCUCCCGCUCUGUGCGAUAUUGAUUACGCAAUCCAGGUUGUAAAGAUGAGAGGUAAUUUUGCUGGUAGAAGUCACGCUUUAAGCAGUCAUCGUGGACAAGUAUGGGAUCUCGCCACUUCGGACUAUCACACAAUGCUUGUUUCGGCAGGGUCAGACGGAGCUCUGAUUUUGACUAAUUUCUACACUGGUUUCUAUAGGAAACGAAAAGCUCCGCUCGGUUUUCAUCGGUUAUACGAAAUGGAUUACAGUGAAUCGAGAGAUGAAUAUCGUAUCGUUGAUGAUUUCUUGCCCGAAUCUCAAACCUUGGAAAAUGCGAUCUCCAGACGUCCUCCUAAUAUUGCCAGACGAGCGACUCAUGAUACGCCCUCUCAGCUAUUGAAGACGGCAGCUUGGAAACCUGAAGUUGGAUUACAUAAAGUAGCUUGGAACGAAGGUUGUGGGUUAUCCAAAGCUGGUUGGUUAGCUUCGGGAGGUGCAAGUGGCUUGGGAAGAGUAGAAUGGAUUGAAGGAAGAUGGAAGAAUGGUGAAUCGCGGCGAAUUCUGUAA